AUGAAAGUAGUGCAGAACGUAGUACCAUUUAUAGUUUUCUUUACUUUGAUUGUGCCCUUAUGUUUUACCGAACAUAAAAAUAGAUUAAGAAGAAGGGUGGUUUUUGUAAAAGACAGUAAAUUUUUUAUGCGAUUAAAUGGUAGAAUUAACAUGUUAAAUUAUACAACCAUCUUUGCCCAUGGUUGGGGUUUUAAAAUAGCAUACGAUUUACCUACAACCAUGUCAAAGAAGAAAUUAUUUUUUAAGAGAAAUUCUGAUUUUAAUCUAGAGGAUUUUUAUUCAAGUUGGUUUGAUAAAGUACAAUUUUACCAUAUCAUGGACCAAAUUUGUAAGCAUUUUCUGCGAGACAGUACCCGAAGAUGUGGAGUUUCUUGCAAAAUACAAAACAUUAUUAAUAGCUCAAAUGGGACCGAUGGUGCUUUUUUCCAAUCGUUCAUUGAAAAAUGUAAUCAUUACAGCAAUAAAUAUUCACAAAUGCAUGUAACACUUCAUUAA